AAAUUCAUGUACAAACAAGAGAAAACUGAAAGCCAUCCAGCAUGGCGGAUUUAUUUUUGACAAGUGCAGCUUACUGCAAGAUUUUGCUUCAUGCAGCCAAAUAUCCACACUGUGCUGUCAAUGGUGUACUUUUAGCUGAAGAACCAAAAAACAAAGAUCACAAACAUAUACGAUUUGUUGACUGUAUUCCACUGUUUCAUUUGUCUUUGAGUAUAGCACCGAUGCUGGAGGCUGCUUUGUUGCAGAUUGAAGCAUACAGUAAGAGUAUAGGUUGUGUGAUAGCCGGAUAUUACCAAGCCAAUGAAAAUCUUGACGAUAAUGUAUUAAACAAUGCAGCAAAAAUAAUAGGAAAAAGAAUCUAUGAUAAUAACCCUGAUACUUGUAUUUUUAUAGUUGAUAACAAUAAAGUAUCGCCACUAGCAGUGUCAGAGGCUUACAAUAUAUACACAUUUAAAGAAUCAAAUUGGGCCAAAACUGAUAAAAGACCAACAACAGACGAAGAAACACUAGAGUUAAGCAGAAUGUUAUUAUCUACGCCAGAUUCCUACAGACAGUUAGUUGACUUUGAUAAUCAUUUUGAUGAUCUAUCUAAAGACUGGAGAAAUUUACAAAUAGCAGAAUAUAUAGACAGAUCGACAUGAUACCUAUAGAUUAGAUAGUAUAUGUUGUAACUUCAUUUGUGAAACCGACAUGUUUGUUAUUUGUGCCUCAUCACUUAUUAUUCUGUGUUCGUUUUGAAAGUCUUCAUAAAUUUACUUUAGAUAAGACAUGAUAAGACAUAUUAGAUAAAAUUGCUAACUUACAGGAAUAUUUGAUUCUGAUUUCCUAAAG